UCGUGCAGUCGUGACAUUUCUCUAAAAAGUAGCCUAAAAAACCAACGAACACGCAUUCUAUAUGAAAACAUAUAUUUGGUAUUAAAUAUCAUGUAUUUAACAUGGGAUAACUAAUGGGUACUAAGAACAAAAUAGUUUCAGAACCACGGACAGCAGCUCAACUCAAGUCAUCAUGAUCUCAACGCUGAUGAAGGAUCGCGUGCACGUGUUCGUGACUAGUUUGACAUCUGAAGUGACGGACAAUAAGAUGCAAGACACGACUGCAACUUUGCCCACGGCAAGUUUUCUGGAUAAUGAGACCAGAUGCGGCGAGCAGAUCUUGAGUUACGGACACGUUGAGAAAGUGCUCAUCGGAGGGGUUCUUACCUUACUUACUUUUCUAACAGUUUGCGGAAAUUUGCUGGUGGUCAUAUCGGUGUGUUUUGUCAAGAAGCUGAAGCAGCCUUCAAAUUAUUUAAUCGUAUCUCUCGCUGUUGCGGACCUUUCGGUGGCAGUGGUCGUUAUGCCGUUUGUCAGCAUCACUGAUCUCAUAGGUGGACAGUGGAUCUUUGGCCGGGUUUUUUGUAACGUUUUCAUCGCCAUGGACGUAAUGUGUUGCACCGCUUCAAUAAUGACCCUGUGUGUUAUAAGUAUAGAUAGGUACCUGGGCAUCACUAAGCCACUGACGUAUCCCGUGAGACAGAGCGGAAAGUGCAUGGCCAAAAUAGUGCUGUCUGUAUGGCUUCUCUCUGCUUCCAUCACCCUUCCCCCAUUGUUCGGAUGGGCUCAGAAUGUCAACGAUGAUAAGGUGUGUCUGAUCAGCCAGGACCUGGGUUACACCAUAUACUCUACAGCCGUGGCUUUCUACAUCCCCAUGUCGGUAAUGCUCAUUAUGUACUACCGGAUAUACAGGGUGGCAAAGGUGAGCGCCGCCAAGCACACCUUUGCCAGCUUUCCCAAAACCGACGAUGAGGACAGCGUCAACUGCGUGACCGCGGCCCUGAAGCUGCAGAGGGAGGUGGAGGAAUGUGUGAGCUUUUCUCGCCUUCUCAAAAAUGAUCGUAAAAACAUCUCCAUUUUCAAAAGGGAGCAGAAGGCAGCAGCCACUUUGGGGAUCGUCGUGGGAGCUUUUGCCGUGUGCUGGAUGCCCUUCUUUCUGCUCUCCACUGCACGUCCGUUCAUCUGCGGAGUGCAGUGCAGCUGCGUGCCUCUGUGGGUGGAGAGGACGCUGUUGUGGCUGGGCUAUGCCAACUCGCUUAUAAACCCCUUCAUAUAUGCAUUUUUCAACAGGGACCUCAGGACCACCUACCACAAUCUUAUUCGCUGCCGAUAUCGGAACAUCAACCGGAAGCUGUCUGCGGCCAGCAUGCACGAAGCUUUGAAACUGGCUGAAAGACCUGACCUGGUGAAUGUAGGCUGGUCUCACUGUUCAUGAAGACGAGGAGAAAUGGGACUGAUCUAAUCCCACUUUGUUUUUGAUAAAUUCUUUAUAGCACUCACAGAAGCGCUUCAGUCACCUCAAUUAAAUUAAACUGAAUCGUUGUGAAUCAUCACAGACUUUUGUAAAAUUCUUUAUAAAUAAGAUAUAAUCCGUGUACAGUGCUCUUUAUGAAGGAGAAGAAAAUUACAAUCAAUAGAGCUGAUUUUUUUUGUAUGGUUAUAUUUGCAAAUUAUACUCAAAUUAUAUUUAAGUAUAAUUUACUGUGUAUUUACAGUAUGUGAUGUUUAUGUGUUUAUAUUAGAGGUAAUAUUUAUCUUGUUUUAGGAACAACCUAAACUAUAAGGUAAAAACCUGGGGCAGUACCCAUAGGGGUCCAUUUUAGUACCUUUAAAAGUAUAUAUUGGUACCUUUAAGAUACAUAUUUGUCUCUAAAUUGUACAUAUUACAAAAUUUUUUAAAGUUACCAUCCCAGUCACACGGCAGUAUUCAUGGAUGUAAGAAUUCUUGAGUUAUAAGACAUAUAUUUACCCAAAAAUGACAGAUCUGUUAUCAUUUACUGACCCUCAUGUUGUUCCAAACCCAUAUUUCUUUUUAUGAAAUGCAAAAGGAUAACAGUUAGUUAUUGACAGCCUCGGGUACCAUUUCUUUUCAUAUCUUUUUCCAUACAAUGAAACUUGUCUUGUUUUGUCAAAGAAAGAAGUCUUUGAACAACACACGUUCACAAAAAAAAAGUACAAAAGCGGUCACUGGGACAGUACUACCCCGGUAGGUCCUAAUAUGUACCCUUUA